AUGUCGUACGAAAACAAACCUAGAUACUCGAGAGGUGGAAAAUCAACCUUGGCCAAUGUAAUCAGUAAUUCUAAAAAUUAUGAUGUAAGUCAUCGUUCAGUUAGUUCAACCAAAGACACUAAUAUUCACAAUUACACGGUUGAUGGAAAAGUAUACAAAAUAGUUGAUACUGUAGGAAUUGGAGAUACUAAAAUGUCGCCAAAAGAAGUAGUAAGUAAAUUAGUCAUGGCUGCUGAAGCUAUUAAAUAUGGAAUAAAUCAAGUUUUGUUUGUCACAAGCGGGAGAUUUACCAAUGUAGAAAUUGAAAACUUUGAAACGUUACAAUCAGUUGCCUUUGAUAAAAGUAUUUUUGAGUAUACUACUAUUGUCAGGACAAGUUUUCCUGAUUUUGAAGAUGAUGCUGAAUGUGAAAAUGAUUACCAAGAUAUGAUUUCUGAAAAUAAUAACCUUUCUCAACUUGUUAAAUCAUGCAAAAAGGUCAUUUAUGUAGAUAAUCCACCAAUAACAUUUCGUACUAAACAAGGCGUAGAAGAGACCCGAAAAGAAUCAAGAAAACGAUUACUGGCCUAUUUAAGCACCUGCACAAAAGUUUAUAUGUCAGAAAAGUUACAAGACAUUGUGGAUAAAAAAAUAAAUGGUUAUAUGACACUUAAAGAAAAAUUACAGAAUGAUAUAAAUGAUCUGAGACAAAAAUUGGAUGAAACAAGUGAACUAGGAGACGAACAACGACAAGCUGCAAGUAAGAAACAACGAGAACUCGAAGAACAACCCAAAAGUCAUUUUUCAAUCAAAAAGCAUACCUCUCAUAAACUUUUAUAUCGAACUACAUUUCAUGUUCCAGGAAAGCAUCAGGUGAAACUAGUUGCUCAAUUAUUAAAACUAUGCUGA